AUGGCUUUUUAACCCAAAACUGAAGAUCUUUUAAGACUAGGUAUGAAUUCCUAACCUUCUAUGCUUCAAAUGAUGCCUUAGGCUCCAUAAAAUUUUAACAAUUUCUUCAUUAAUCAAGGUAUCUCUCAACCACUUUUAAAUACUGUUGGAUAGGAUAUGUCCUCUAUUUUUACUGGUUCCAACCUUAUUAAUCUUAAUUAAGUAAAUAUUCCUUUAAAUUAGUAAAUUCACUAAACCCAACAAAUCGUUGGAUCUAUUUAGAAUUAGAAUAAUGAUACUAAUUCUCUCCAUCAAUAAUUAUUGCUAUAAUAAGCUUAAGCUCAAUAAAUGCCAUUAUAGACUUCUAACAUGAAUAAUUUAUUGCUAUUACUAUAGUUAUAAUAAUAAACUCAACCUUUCCAAAAUCCUCAACAACAAGUUUAAAAUUCCUAAUAAUAAUAGCUUAUUUAAUAGUAAUAACAAUAAUAAUAACAGUAGCUCUUGUUAAACUAAUAACUACAGUUAGCCUAGCUUUAAUAGAGAUAACAAAACAACCAAGGCUUAUUCCAUAAUUUAAAUUUCAACAAUCAGUCUGCUAACGGCUUAAAGUUCAUCCCUAUUGGAGCAUCUAAUACCUAAAUUGGCUAAUAUGCUUAAGUGAAAGAAGAAGAACUUGAUUUCAAAAAUAAUGAGUCUGAAGAAAUAGACGAAGAAGAAGAUGACGAUGAGGAAGAAUAAAUAACUGCAUAAUAAAGUCCAAAUAAAUUCAUGCCAAACUAAUUUAUGGUUGAUGGAAACCACAAAAUUGAUUUCGGUAUGGAUGCAGAGGCUCGUGCUCGUGCAGCAACAGCUCCAAGCUUUAAUCCCCUCAAUGAUUACAAAAUGGUUAUGAUGUAGACUCCUCUUUCUAAUAAUAAGAGAGAAAACCAGAACAUUUUCACUCCUCUUAACAGCUAAUUAGCUACACAAUAGCUUAUUCAAGCUAAUGUAGGUGCAAUAUAAGCUACACCAGGAGCUAAAUUGCCUGAAUUCUAGCUUAAUCAGUUCUAGCCUGCAAAUAAUCAAAUGAAUGGCCUAUUCUAGCAAAUAAUGAAGAUCAAAACAAACUAAAACACAGCCACCAACAACAAUAACUUAUUUAACAUUAACUCUAUGAACCUAAAUCCUAAUUAUUUAACUAAGGAAUAAGUUAAUGAUUUGAAAAGACAGUUGGGUAUUACAGUUAGAGAUAGAGAAACUCUAGCUCCCUUCCUUGAAUAAUGGAAUUCUAUGCAAGAAACUGAAUAAGUUAUUGCAACUUCAUAUUCCAUUUUAAAAUCAUUCCCAUUUGAAAAGACAGCUGCUUACGAAAACUAAUUCAAGGUGGAGUAUAUGGAAUAGAAUUAAAAAUGUAAUUAUGUCAAUAAAUUCAUUAACAGUAAAGGACUUAUUGUUAAGGACGAAAAGCUUGGUAAAAUCAAGAUAGAAAACAAGAUUUCUCGCUUCCACAAUCUAUCUCGUUUGCUCAUGUACACAAUUCUUACUGCUUUCAACAAGAAUAAUCUCUCGUUGAUGAAUCUCGAUGAAAAGAAGGCAGAGGCUAUUAUAAAAACCAUAUAGCGUCUUAAAUAAUCUGCCCGUAAGAAAACUCCCAAGGGUUUAGUAAAAACUGAUUUCUUCAAUCAUACUCAUUACAAUGUUCUUUUCUUAACUAUUAAUGAAUAAAAUAUCGAGUAAGUGCGUAAAAAUGCUAAAGACGUCAGUACCCAUAUGAAGGUAUUUAAUGUCAACCUUGAGAAGCCCUACGAGGAAAUAUCUGAAGAAAUCCGCUAUAGUAACAUAAUUAAAAAGCUUGCAUACCAUAUUAUGCUUGCUUCAUACAAGAAAUCCAAAGAUGACAAGCACGAUUAGGACUCUUCCAAUAGUUCUAACUCUACUUUCCGUGAGCAAUAUAUUGAUAGAGCCAUGUUAGGUAUUGGAAAACUUAACCAAGGAGUCCUCAUUCAAAGAUUUUGA